AUGGAGGGAAGCAGAUCAGAAACUUCUGCAGCUGAAGAGAGUGAGGAAAUAAUUUAUACAUCUGUCAGAUUCUCUCAGAUUCCUCUGCCAAGGACUAGUGGUGUACGGGAAAAAAGAGCUCCCUGUCUGUGGCCAGAAGUUGUGCCAGGCUUGGCUAUAGGCUUUGGGAUACUGAGCAUCUCCCUAGCGAUUGCUUUGAUAUGGAAGAUAAGUAACUCCCAGCCACACUGCCCUGAGCAGUGGGUUGCCUACAGAGGGAGCUGCUACUCCUUCUCCAAGCAGAAGAAGGACUGGCAUUCCAGUCGGCAGUCCUGCCGGGCACAGGGAGCUCAUCUCCUGGUGAUCAGUGAUAUUUGGGAAAUGGAGCUGUUCAAGAGUAUUCAAACAGAAUGUUUCUGGAUUGGACUGAGGAACAGCACAGGCUCUGGAUGGAUUUGGGAAGAUGGUUCUAUAUUCAAUGGCAUCAACGUCCUCUCUAACAGCCCCGUGCAACAUUGUGUUGUCCUGAUGAAAGAUCACUUCUGGGCCUCCAGCUGUGAAUUUGCUGCUCCAUGGAUCUGUGAGAAAUCUCUUAGAUAAAUCCCAUGUGCAUUUUCAUCUCAUAACCAUCUCCUCCGUGGUACAAGUGAAUCAUUGUCCUGCAAACCAAAGGUCUACACAAGACCAAGGACUUGCCCUUUCCACAUCCUCACAAAGGUGUUUUGCAGGGACAGGUUUGCUGCCCAUAAUGGUGAGUUAUCGUCAGUAGCAGAUCCAUUCUCAGUCCACAUGUGUUGGCUUACUGCUGUUUGUGACCAGAUGAGACCUGGAACAUAUUCCCUGGCCUAGUCUUUGCCUUGCAUGUCCUAUAAGGGCAAACAAAAGUUUUGUCACAAAAGAUGCUGGGUCUUCAGACCUCUGAGGGUGAGCUGGCCAUUUCCUCCAUUCCUGAGCAUCAGAUUUCAUUUCCAUUCCUUGCAUCUCCAUUGUCUGCUGCUAGCAGGACCAGGAAAAUGAAGCCUGGUUUCCAGUGCUGGAAACAUAUAAACAGGCUUCUACCAGUGGCAGCAUCUCCUUUUGCAUUCCAGUAGUAUGAGUAGGAGAGAAGAAAUGAGACUACAACUUCUGUAAAUCCAGCAGUGAAAAUAAACUGCUAGUACUGCACUGGACCGAAAGUGUGUACCCAUGUCAUUACUUCUCUCUGUGGGAAGGAACCAGCUGCACUCCAUGAUUUAUAGGCCAAC